AUGGCGUUUUCAAAUGGGUCGUUCGCGACCUUCCUCAUUGUCUGUCCGACAUCUUUUUUUCUCGGAAUCAUCUUCUCACUCUUUCCCUAUGACUACCCGCUACUAUGGUCUACCGUCGCCACCCCAGCAUCUCACUUCGAUUACCUGGAAGCCCACCUUAAAUUCCUCCAUGCCUCGCCUCCCUUGAUUCCUCGCAUCCUCCACAUCGUCAUCUUCCUCGGUCUCGCUGGACUUAUCAUGAAACUCUACCGUCCCUCUGAAUCUAACAUGCUCUUCGAUGGCGCAAGUCUUGUUCUUUAUAUGUGUGGCGUCAUCGUCUACAUUUCGAAUAUCGUUAAAGGUCUUCGCAUCGUCACAGCUGGCGACUACGGUAAGAGUGUGACUGGGGAAGAGUCUGAACAGAUUCUUGGCAGAGAGGAUAGUUUGAAGGUGCUUGCAGCGAGUAAUACAAUCUUGGCCUUGGUGCUCGUUGGGGUCUUGGUGUUGCAGGCCGGCCAGUGGUAUGCCGAGAGGAAAGAGAAGGAGGAAGUUGACAAUUUCAAUAAGAAGGGCGAGGAGAAGAAUGACCAGAAAGAGAAAGAGGCGCCUAAGGUGGCAAGGCAGCCUAGUUUAUCGAAAAAGAAACAGUGA